GCGGUAAACCCGCUUUUCGGCGGUGUAACGAGAUUUUUCAGUUCGAACUCGACAGAAACAAAUAAUGUAGAAGUAAAAAGCAUCGAGAUUUAUGCUUGCACAAAACACGCAAAUAAAAGAGCACCGCCCACUUCUUGAGUUUUCUUUUGUGGGGCGAACAAAGCCGCGUAACGGUUGACGGGAAUCGGGUAACGCGAACCGGGAAUCGCUAUUGGUAUCGGGAAAAUACUAAAAAACGGAUGAACAAGGAAAGCCUUUCCUUUGUGCUGUCACUGCGAGCUAUUUAAUUGUGUCUUGGUGGCCAAGUGGCUAGUGUGCAUUCUAUACAUCAAAUUUAAAUUCUAUCCAGCCCAACCCAACCCAACUCAACGCCCCCUGCUCCUUGUUUUCCCACCAUUCGUAUGCGUCAUAUGUAAAAGAGCGCAAAAGGGCGGAAGGAGAGAGAAAGAAAAGCCAAGGAAAGAAGCAGUGGCCACAACAAAGCGGCAGGCACAGAAACACAGAACGAGAAGCGCCAAACGGAAAAACUCCCCACCGCUCCCCGCCACAAACCAACACUCCUUCCGUUGUUUUUGUUGCUGCUGCAGCUGUAUUUAUGCUGCCGGCUAUUUGUGUGAGUGCCGCCAAUGCGCAUGUGUGUCUGUGUCAACCCCCGCGGCCGAGAAAACAGCAACAACAACAGCAGCGAAUCUAAAACAAAAGUGAAAAGUUCAAUUCCCAGCUUAGCACUACGAAUUGUUAGUCCACCACAUCGGUUAAUUAGGCCUCGAACAAAGAAUAAAGAUAAAUACAUAGUUGUGACCCCACUGAUCGAGAAAUACAUACAUUGUAUUGUAUUCAAGUGUUUUCUCACCGGGAGCGAAAGAGAGCGGCGAAAGCUAGCGAAAUGUGUUCCAAAUAUGUUCUCGCUACCCUGCUCGCACUCGUUGCGCACUCUAUGUGCAUCCAGGACCUGUCCCCCGAAGGAUCUGCACCCACCGCUGAACAGCUGGACAUGCAGGCGACCAAGCCCAAGAAAGCAAAAAACCCCAUCUCCGAGGAUAUAAUGUACAAUUACCUCAUGCAGUUUGAUUAUCUACCCAAGUCGGACCUGGAAACGGGUGCUCUGCGCACCGAGCACCAGCUGAAAGAUGCAAUCCGGAGUCUCCAGGCUUUUGGCAACAUUCCAGUUACUGGCCAAAUCGACUCGGCAACGGCCCGGCUAAUACAAAAACCUCGGUGCGGCGUGGGUGACCAUAGAUCCGCGGACAGCUUCUCGCCAGAUAACCUGUAUCACGACACCGGCUCCAAUGUGCGGGUGCGGCGCUUCGCCCUGCAGGGACCCAAGUGGUCGAAACUGGAUCUUACUUGGAGCUUGGUCAACCGGUCGAUGCCCGACGCCAUAAAAGUCCAGAAGAUGGUGAGCCGUGCCCUGGGCGUGUGGGAGAACCACUCGAAGCUGACAUUUCGCCAGGUCCACAGCGACCAGGCCGACAUCCAGAUACUCUUUGCACGGCGCCAGCACGGCGAUGGCUAUAGAUUCGACGGACCUGGUCAGGUGCUGGCCCACGCCUUCUAUCCUGGCGAGGGGCGUGGCGGAGAUGCCCACUUCGAUGCUGACGAGACCUGGAACUUUGACGGCGGAUCCGAUGAUAACCGCGGAACCAAUUUUCUGAACGUGGCCCUGCACGAACUGGGUCAUUCUCUCGGACUGGGCCACUCCGCGCUACCGGAUGCGGUCAUGUUUCCGUGGUACCAGAACAACGAGCUGGACGGCAAUCUGCCCGACGACGAUCGCAACGGUAUCCAGCAGUUGUACGGCUCCAAGGAGAAGACCUGGGGGCCCUAUAGACCACACACCACGACCACCACAACUACCACAACCACGACGACCAUGCGCGCGUUGAUUUACCGAUUUACAGAUAAGCCGGUCUACCGGCCCAGGAACAAUCCCAACAACAAUCCCAACAACAAUCCCAACAAGGAACGGAAUCGGGCGAGGGAGCGUCAGGAGGAGGAGCGGAGGCGUCAGGAGCAGCAGCGACAAGAGCAGGAACGACAAGAGCAGGAGGAUCGUCGGCGCGAAAGAGAACGUGAACGCCAGUGGGAGAGAGAGCGACAGGAGCGCGAACGGAAGGAGUGGCUAGAGCAACAGGAGCGCGAACGGAAGGAGCGGGAGUGGGACCGUAAGAAUAGGGAGCGGAAUGGAAUCCAGGAACCAGUUACUCCUCUAGCCAGGACCACCCUUAGACCCACCAGCAAGCCAUAUCCCACUGCGGGACACCGGCACAACCAUAACAAGCCCCGCAAACUCAAGCCAGACACCUGCAUGACCUACUACGAUGCCAUCUCGAUGAUCCGCGGUGAACUAUUCAUCUUCCGGGGACCCUACCUUUGGCGCAUUGGAAAGUCUGGUUUGUUACCUGGCUAUCCCACGGAGACCAGGAGACAUUGGUCCGCUCUGCCUGAGAAUCUCACCAAGGUGGAUGCUGUAUACGUUAACAAACAGCGACAGAUUGUCUUCUUCAUAGGUCGCCAGUAUUAUGUAUUCAACUCGGUAACGCUAGCUCCUGGCUUCCCGAAACCACUUGCCAGUCUGGGUCUGCCACCCACUUUGACCCACAUCGAUGCCUCCUUCGUGUGGGGCCACAACAACAGGACCUACUUGACCAGCGGCACUAUGUACUGGCGCAUCGAUGACUACACGGGUCAGGUGGAACUGGAUUACCCGCGAGACAUGAGCAUCUGGUCGGGAGUGGGCUACCACAUCGACGCGGCAUUCCAGUACUCGGAUGGCAAGACGUACUUCUUUAAGAACCUGAGGUACUGGGAGUUCAACGACGAUCGCAUGAAGGUGGCCCACCCCACGGCUAAGCUGUCGGCACGAAAGUGGAUGCAGUGCGCCCGGAGUGCUAACGAGGUGGACGACGAGCAGCGCUGGACGGCCCCUUUGGUAUCCGGGGAGAACGAAGACGAGGAAACGGGAAGAAGCGGAUCUAGGGAGCUUAGAGUUCACCUAUUCCUUCUUCCGAUCCUUUUGCUAGCCAUCGCCACUUGGCAGAGUUAAGAUUGAAAAUGGAGCGUAUCCUAAGAAAUGCCUAGAAUUAAGAGCCAUGGUUCGCCUCGUAUUUUUUAUAAAGAAUAAUGGUUUUGUAACCAAAAAAGAAGCAUAUUGAUCUGUUAUGGUAUAAUUUUUUAAAGAACUUUUCGAAAUUAAAACAGGUAAAGCUACUAUUCAAGGACCCCAAAACUGCUAUGCUGCAAAUUACUUAAGCAACAAAAGUGAAACCUAAGUAUAAGCUUGGCCAGUUUUAAAUUAGAAAUUGAAAAGUGUCCAAGAUUUAGCUGUAAAGUUUAGCGGCUUACGCAGAUUUAAUAGGAUCUAUACUGCAGAGCGCAACUGUGUGACAGUCUGGCGCUCCCAUGCCCCCAAAGACGACACCGAAUGGCCUUUCCUUAGAUUUAAGGCAAAUAAAUGAACACACCAGUGAAAGUCGCACAUAGAUGACAAAUCUGCGACUUGCCACUGGCCGAUUUAUUCAUGGACACUUCCAAUUGGGCACACUGGCGCCAUCUAUUGGACAAAUAGCAGGGCUGUUUUACCAGAUCUAUAUACCGUACAUAUAAGAUAAGUGCACAAGACUAUAAGGUAACUCUUAGUCUACUUAAACGUAACAACAAAUAUGUUCUAUUUGUAUACAGAAACAAUCGAAAUUCCAAUGUUGAAAUUCGAGACCACUACUGCCUUAUAAAUAAGUAAAAGCUAUGCCGUUUAUUAAAGAAAGUGGGACGCUAUGGUCCGCUUUUCUUGUUUCGACGAACCUUUCUAAUUAUUUAUAUAGAAAUGUGAUAUUAUCAUAAAUUCUGAGCGAUUGUAAGCAAAAGAUAAACUGAACAAAACAAUAACCCUACUUUUUGGUUAGUUUUUAAUUGUAUAAACAUAAGAUACUUAAGCUGCAAACUAUCAUU